AUGAUCCAGAGAACUCCAUCUGAACUCAGGAUUGUGCUGCUGGGCAAAACUGAUCAGGGAAAGAGUUCAACAGGAAACACUAUUUUGGGUCAAAGCUGUUUUAAGUAGGAUGUUUCACCAGUGUCAGUCACUACCCGCGAGAGACGAGAUUUACAGACCGAUGAGAGGAUCAUCUCAGUCAUCGACACUCCAGGCCUGUUUGACACGACAAUGACAAAACAGAAGAUGAAGGAUGAAAUAGUGUCAUGUGUCUACAUGUGUCUUCCUGGUCCUCAUGUGUUUCUGCUGCUGAUCAAAGUGGGGAGAUUCACAGAUGAAGAGAAAAGUGCAGUCAAAUGGAUCCAGGAGAACUUUGGGAAAGAUGCUGUACGUCACACCAUCAUUCUGUUCACUCACACUGAUCAGCUGAAGGGAAAACCAUUAGAUGUGUAUAUCAAAGAAGGGGAUGAUCUCCAGGCUCUUGUUAAUGAGUGUGGUGGCAGAUUUCACUCAUUCAGCAAUGAGAACAUGGAGAAUCGCUCUCAGGUCACUGAACUGCUGGAGAAGAUUGAGAAGUUGGUGGAGAAGAAUGGAGGACAGCAUUAUACUGCUAAGAUGUUCCAGGAAGCCCAGACAAAGAUACGCAAUAGAGCAGAGUUCUGGUCUCAGAAACCUAGGAUUGUGCUGCUGGGUAAAACUGGAUCAGGAAAGACCAGUGCAGUAAAAACCAUUACGGGACAAGAGAGUUCUGAGAGGAGAGAUUUGACUAAUACUGAAACCUGUGAGCAACAAGAAGCACAUGUGGAUGGAAAGAGCAUGACGAUAAUUGACACUCCUGGACUGACUGAUGUAUCAGAUGAACAGAUGAAGACGACUGAAAUCAAGAAGUUUGUCAUCAUGUCUAAACCUGGUCCUCAUGUGUUUCUGCUGGUGAUCAAACUGGACUCGAGGUUCACAGAGGAAGAGAAAACCUUAAUGGAAUGGAUUCAGGAGAACAUUGGAGAAGAUGCUGCACAUCACACCAUCAUUCUGUUCACUCACGUGGAUUUGCUGAGGGGGGAAUCGAUAGAAGAGUGUAACAAAGACCUUCAGGGGUUUACUGAGGGUUUUGGUAGCAGAUAUCACUCACUCAACAAUGAAGACAUGGAGAACCGCUCUCAGGUCACUGAACUGCUGGAGAAGAUUGAGAAGCUGGCAGAGGGAAAUGGAUGGAAUUACUACACAAAUGAAAAGUUUCAGAAAAUUAUAAAAAGAGAUGUAUAUUUAGAGAAUGUUAAAGGAACACUACAUAAAGUUGCGUUAGGAGUUGGACCAGUAGGAGCAGCAGCUAUGGUGACCGGAGGCGUGGUUCUGGGCGUAACCGAGUUGGUUUUAGCACCAGCGCUGCUGCUUGCAGGAGGCAGUCUGUUUUUAGUUGGAGCAGCUGGACUGUAUGUUGGAAAAAAACUGAUUAAAAGAGCUAAAUGAGUCGGAUGCUUUUGUUAUAGUGGACUGAUUUGGUCCCAGCUAACAAAAGAAUGUUAUAAAAACAUUUUGCUACUGUUCCUAAUAUGUUGUAAAAAUGUUAUCUCUGAGUGUUUUCUGAAUAUUUCAAGUGUCCAGUGACAUUC